AUGGAAUUUUAAGUUACUGAUGCAGACAAAGAAAAAUUUAGAAAAUAUGUUGAAAGAUCAGGCGCAAUUGAUUAAUUAGUGAGAGCAUUAGCACAAGUUUAUGAUUCGCAAUAGGAAAGUUAAGAUUUAGGUUUAACAACAUUUAAAAAAGCAAUGGGAGUUAAUGUUGAUGUGGAUGCUGAAAAAUUACAAGCCGAUUAUAAUAAAUUAAAAGAAGAAAAUUUUAGAUUGAAAAAGUUAAUAGAUCAAUUAUAAUUUGAAAUUGACACAAAAAAGAAUGCCUAAUGA